UUCCAACCAGUGCUGAAGGCUGAAAGUAGAAAGCAGCAGCGAGCGAGCACUCAGCUGCUUGCAGUCUGGCUCAGUCCUGCACUGGCGGCUGCAACUGCGAUAAACUUUUGUGAUUUGUUCCUGGUUUCCCUUUGUUGAAGAUGACCUAACUUCGAGAGAGCCGCUGCUGGCCAGGGAUCGGCUGAAGUGCAAGAGACACCCUCCUACCUCCACAUCCACCACUGCCAUCAGCACUGAAGGGCUGCUCUGCAGAUGGGAGGUCGCAACCGGUCGUCUGUUUUGCCCAAAAUGUCCUCCACCCUCAUCUAAGAUGGCUGCCUGUGGCCUUCUCCUGCAUCCGAACAGACUGGAGCAGAGCUGUGUGUUACCAUGGUGAUCAUUUUCGUGAAAACACAGGAAAAGAAGAAGGGUGUCAAUGAUGUAAGGUCCAAGAACACCGAUAAACGGCUGCAUGAGCUCCACACCAUGAGCAGAGGGACCACCCUCCUCUCCUGUGGGACUGUGGAGGCAGAUCGGUGGGUGGACUUGGGGCAAAGCUGUGGAAUCCAGCAGAGAGCUCCCUGCCAGUCUGGUGCCAGUCUGGAGAGCCUAUGGGAUGUGAUGCCAGAGCCGGAGAGCUGGCACUGGACCAAGGAGCCAGGCAGCGCCACAGCAAUCACCAGUCUGAUAAGAGAUCUCAACCUUGGCAACAGCGGCGUGACCACCCCCAACUCCCACACCACAUCCACCAUUGCUCAUUACACCACUACAGCUACCAGCCAAGCUCCCACCGCACCCCCAAGCAAGCGUCAAUGUCGUUCUCUAUCGCUCUCGGAUGAACUCAGUGGAUUCCGCUCCCCUUGGAGGCCCCAAGGCUCGCGAGUGUGGACAACGAUAGAGAAACGAAGGUGCCACAGUGGAGGAAGUGUGCGAGGAGGAGGGGGGUUCUCUAGCGGCCAUUUCCCCACCAUGCAGCGUAGCUCCAGCUUCAGUUUGCCCUCCCGUUCUAGAAACCCCUCAGAUGGAGCCCUAGAUCUGCCAUUCUUCAACCAGCGACUGCCUCUCCAGCCUCAAUUCACUGCCUCUCCAGUCUCCCCUACCUCUUCUUCCUUGCAUCAUCACCACUCCUACAACCACCACUUCCUCAGGCCCCUCUCCCUCUCCCAUGAGCAGAUAAGCCUGCCAGAGCUCCGGAGGGAGGAGGCGUCAGAGGUCAGCUCUCCAGACUCCACCCCAGAAUUGGGGAGGCGAGCUGGCCUGAGAUCCAGGGGCACGGGGUGUCUGUCUCGGAGCAAGUCCCAGCCCUGCGUGCUGAACGACAAAAAGAUUGGUAUGAAGCGAAGAAGACCAGAAGAUGCCCAGGAGCAGCGACCCUCCCUGGACCUGGCAAAGAUGACUCAGAGACUUCAGACUUUUCAGAGCUUGAGCUGCCCCGGAUUCUCUGCCAUUGACAGCUGCCAAUCAAGCCUGCUCCCUCCCACCUCUGUCACCUCCAGCCAACCAGUUUCAGACUUCACUGCUGUGUACGAGCUGGGACUGGAGUCCCGACAGGAAGUGGCAGGAGAUGACGAGGAAGGGGAUUCAUCCUACGAGGAGCUGGAUAGCGACUCGGCUUGCAGUGUGGACUCACAGCCCGGCUCUCCUGUAGGCAUCAUGGGCGGUAAAUGCACCCUCUGGAAGGGUGAUUGUGGGAUACAGAGGGACAUUUUCCAGCUGGGGGGAGAGCUGGAUCUUGACCAGAUUGAGAGAAACUGAACAUUUAAUAGGAGAAUUUAAAAAUCCUGUGCCUGGACUGUUAUAGAAAGUUACUGGACAUUGAUGAUGUGCCAAGAGAUGGCAAUUAAGAAGGGCUGUGAGGAAAAGAGUGCAGGAAAGUGAUAUAGAUAAUAAAGGAUUAAGUAUGUCGUCAACGGCUGCCUUUUUAAUGAUACAUUUGCCUUGAACAUUCUUACUCUUUGAAUAAAAAAAUGGUGACCUUUAGUUGUUGUAUUUAAUUGGGGUUUCAGCCUCACUCAGGAUUAGGCAAGUGACGGUAAGUCUUAAAGGAAAACCUCCCAGGCCUCAUUGUCUUUUCAACCUGAUGACCUUUCCAAAGUCAGCUAACCUUGGUUUGUAGUACUGUAGCAGUAGCUGGGCUCCCCUGUGUUUAGCUUGAGUUUUUCUUUUUUACGGAGAAAGUGGGGGGCGUCAAGGAUGGGGUAAAACAGGGAGGGGUAAAGAGAAACUUCUCACAGACUUACCCUUGAUCUUCCUUUUCAUCUUUUGUGCACUCUUGAAAAUCAGAAUUUCUUUUUGUUGAAUGUAGGCUCAAUAAGCUUUAUGACGAGUUGGAAAAAGGACGGUGCCUUCUUUUGGAUGCUUGCUCUACCAGUUCUCUAGCCUCAAUCAAAGCCACCUUUUUUGACCUUUUUUUAUAGUAGUUUCUUAAUAUGCAAAUUGUAUAUUUGAAUUAAACACUGAAUCUCAAGUUUUCAGUUAUAAUAUCAAUGUAUAUUUUUCAAAGUGACUAUUUUGUAUGAGCUGUUUGUGAAGGAGCAAGAAUACAAGGCCAUUCUAACAGAAUGGGCAUGAAAUAAAUGUACAACCUGCA